AUGGACCCCGCCGAUAUCAAGUUCCCUAACAUAAAGCCGAACAUUGGGCCCGUCGGCGCUUCCGGUUUACUCGGUCGACUUCAGUCGUUUUUGCCCCAGAUGGAGGAGGCCAAUAAGAACUUGCAACCAGAUAAUGAGACCGAUGUGAUUGAAAUCGACGCCCAGGACAGUGAUGAUGACUCCAGCGAUAGUGAUUCAGAAGGCAGCAGUAGUGAUGGGGAGAGCGAGCAGGACGAAGGCUCAGCAACUGAACAAAAAUCGAAAGUGGUAGUCGACAUCUCGCUGUUACGUGAAGGGAAUCCCUCAGAUUGCGCGGAGCUGCCGAAGGCGUGGCGGGAAGACGUUGUGAAAGCAGAGACGACGCCUACAAGGCGGAUGGUUGAAGAGGUACCGGAAGUUGAC